UUCACUAAUCGAUUGUAGACGAUGUGAAGUAGUGAAGUGGCCGUUGAUCUGAAGUGGGAGGUGACGAUUAUUGGCUGGGAACUGAGUCGCGACACUAAACACUUGGGCAGAUGCAGAUGAGGAAAGUGUGUCGCGAGUGUGCGUGCUUGCGUACGUAGUUGGGUUUACGUUAUCGCGUAUAUAAAAAUGUGGCAAAGUCUAAGGAAAUAGUAUAAAUAAUUUUCGGAAAAGGAAAAAAGAAAAAUAUAAAACUGAAUUACAUUCGUUCGUCUUGGUGAGGCUAUUUUCCAACAAUGGAAGCCGACUAUCAACCAACGCCAAGUCCAGCCAGAGUUUUGACAGCAAUGAACAAUGAAGGUGAAGACCCGUACCCGAGUCUAUCGGAUUAUCAUGAUUAUGAGCCCAACUUGGAAUUUGACGACACCGAACUCCAGGCAACUUCUGACAGCGCUGUCGAACUGCUUGAAGAAAAAUUAGAUUUAAGCGCUAGCUGUGCUGGAACAGGACUGGACUACUUAGAGAGCCCCGUAAGCGAUGGAACAAUAGAAGAAAAUUUUGAAGAGGCUCUGGUGGAUGCUCCAGUUAUUGAAACCGCAGCGGACGAUCUGGCAGCACUUGAAGGUGACCUUGUGGACGAAGAGGAUUACCUUGAUAUAGCAAGACUUGGGAUUGUUGAGGUAGUUGGGGACGACAGUGCAGGGAGAAAAGUGAUUGUUGUUUCUGCCUGUAAGCUGCCGUCAAAUGACGAGGAGACCUUCAAUCAUGCCAAGUUAUUGAGAUAUCUAACACAUACCUUGGACACUUUCGUCGAGCAAGAUUACAGCUUAGUGUACUUUCACCAUGGUCUGACAUCGAAAAACAAACCGCCAUACGCAUGGUUGCGUCAAGCAUAUCGAGCUUUUGAUCGAAAAUAUAAGAAAAAUCUUAAGGCUCUUUAUUUAGUUCACCCAACGAAUUUUAUCAGAUUUGUCUGGCAAAUCUUUAAACCAGUGAUCAGUGCUAAAUUUGGGCGCAAAAUGAUGUACGUUAAUUACCUGGAGGAGCUUGCACAACAUAUCAAUCUUGAUCAACUUUGUAUUCCUCAGCAAGUUUUACAACACGACGAGCAGUUAAUGAUGAAAAAUAAAAAAAAUGUACCUGUAAGUCCACCACCAACAACUGUCGUUACUCCAGUUACGACAACGCAAUUUGGCGCAAGUCUACAAUUUAUUAGAGAAAAUAAUUGCGAUGAAAUGAUACCACCUAUAGUAACACAGUGUAUAGAAUUUUUGGAUACUCCAGAUGCAUUGGAAACUGAAGGCCUGUUCAGAAGAUCAGCAAAUGUAACGGUGAUCAAAGAACUCCAAAACCGUUGUAACCUAGGAUUGCCUGUAGAUUUCCGAGGGGAUCCUCACAUAGCGGCUGUACUUCUAAAAACAUUCCUUCGAGAAUUGGACGAACCACUUAUGACCUACGAACUUUACGAUGAAAUCACACAGUUUCAAAGUUUAUCAAAAGACGAACGACCUCGGAAAGUUAAGAUAUUGAUUCUUGAAAAACUACCUGAAGCUAACUAUCGAGUUUUGAAAUAUAUCGUUCAAUUUUUAUCCAGGGUAAUGGACAGAAGUGAUCUUAACAAGAUGACAUCGAGUAAUCUGGCAGUAGUAUUCGGCCCUAAUUUAGUAAGAGCUCCGUCAUCUCGAGGAAUGUCACUUUCAGCAAUUGGUCCGAUCAAUCAGUUUACCGACUUUUUGUUCAUGUACCAAGAUAAAAUAUUCAUCAUUUAAGACUGGGUUAGAUUACCAAAAGUGUUGAUUCAUUGAAGGCCUAUAAAACGUUAACAAAAUUGGUACUCGUUUCAAAUAACAGACUGAAACACUAAUCAGAUUGUUCAAAUUGGAUUUGUGGAGAAUAUGAAAGUACAUGUGUCAAUUACUU